CGGAAAGAAAACUGACGACACUAAUAACAUAUUAGAACAUAUUAGAGAGAGUAUCAAAUCGGUUUUGGAUUUCUGACGCUGAAAGAGAAAUCCAUUAAGCUUUUCUCCUUUAGAGCAAGACCCAUAAAGCUUUCUCAUCUUAUUUGUCUUUCUUCAUCUUCUCUUCGCUGUUAUUCUCAAGAAAACAAAGCAGAGAGCUCCAACCAAUAGGAACAAAAACACCUAAAAAUGGAUUCAAGGGGUUCCAGAGCAGAGAAGGUUAAAAGAAUUUUCCAGCAAUUCGACAUGAAUAAAGACGGAUGUCUCAGUAGGCAAGAAAUGUCGUUUCUCGUCGUCGCAGUAAACCCUAGGGUUAAGUUCAGCGACGAUCAGAUCAAUGCAAUCCUUGACGAGGUCUUCAAAACCUACGGGGACUUCAUUAACGGCGAAAAGGGUCUCUCCUAUGAAGGUCUUCUUCGGACCUACGACGAUGGUGCUGGUGAUGUUGAUCGCGACUUUGAUGCCCUGGGUUUGGACCUCAAUAAUGACGUUGGUAAAGCUUCCCGGGCUUCUGAGGCCUCUUCCUCUUCAAUUGCCGAUGAGCGGAUGGUGGAGUCAAACAAGAAGCAAAGGACUGCUGCAUGGGCAACGUCUCCAAAUCACGGAAUCGUCUUUGAUUAUACUUGGAAGAUUGUCGAUGAUUUGGAGACUCUGAUAAAAAGGUUGAAAGCGAAGCAGGCCAAGGAUGGGAAGAUGAAGGGGGAGAAUUCUGAUGUAUGCUCCGACCCCGGUUGGUCUAGGGAAUUGGGACCCUCUUCGGAGCUUUCGGAGAAGAAAGUCUCGUGGGAUGAGUCUGGGCACGAUUAUGCUGCAUUCGCUAGGGAAUUGGCGACCUUGAGAAGCAAAGCGGAUGGGGCCAGGUCGAGGGAAGAAGCUUUCGACAGGCACAUGGCGAUAGGUCGGGUCCUCUACGAGCACCAGCUGUUUAAGGAGUCUUUGGUAGAUUUCAAGCGGGCUUGCGAGCUUCAACCGACUGAUGUGAAGUCGCAUUUCAGGGCUGGGAAUUGUCUUUAUGCUACUGGCAGGUAUGGGGAGGCCAAAGAGGAAUUCUUGUUGGCUCUUGAUGCUGCCGAAGUGGGUGGAAACCAAUGGGCUAAUCUUCUCCCUCAAAUUCAUGUUAAUCUAGGAAUUUGUCUCGAGGGGGAAGGCAUGGUUUUAAGUGCUUGCGAGCAUUAUAGAGAGGCUGCCAUUCUUUGUCCGACACAUUUUAGAGCUCUGAAGCUUCUGGGUAGUGCGCUUUUUGGGGUAGGAGAGCAUAGGGCCGCUGAGAAGGCAUUGGAAGAGGCUAUAUUCUUGAAACCAGAUUAUGCUGAUGCACAUUGCGAUCUGGGUUCUGCAUUGCAUGCGAUGGGAGAGGAUGAGAAAGCAAUUCAGGAGUUUCAAAAGGCCAUUGAUUUGAAACCAGGGCAUUUGGAUGCUCUGUACAAUUUGGGUGGGCUUUAUAUGGAUAUGGGCAGGUUCCACAGGGCCUCGGAGAUGUAUACCAGGGUACUAGCUGUAUGGCCUAACCAUUGGCAGGCGCAGCUCAACAAAGCUGUAUCCUUAUUGGGGGCUGGAGAGGCUGAGGAAGCCAAGAAAGCCCUAAAGGAGGCUUUCAAGAUGACUAACAGGGUUGAAUUGCACGAUGCAAUCGCUCAUUUGAAGCAGCUGCAAAAAAAGAAGCUGAAGGGCAAUGGGGGUGCUGAAGGAGAGGGUACUUUUCUUGUUGUGGAACCAUCAAAAUUUAAGGGAGUAGGCCAGAAGACUACGCUGAGGCAGGACUUGGCCAAUGCUCUUGAAAUCAGGGCUUUCCAAAGGCUCACCAGGUUGAUUCGUUGCAAUGUGGAUAAUCUGAAGAAGGAAAUGAAUGAAACAGAGGUACCAGUAUCCUAUUCUGGUGGUGGUGCUCCUGAAAAGUCCAUCCGCAAAGCUGCACUGGAGGGGAUUCUUCGCAAAUUGCUUAAUUUUCUGAAGCCAGAGACUUUCCAAGGAUCUGUAAAAGCCAUCAAUGAGAGGGUUCUGUCUGUCAUGGAUGUUUCAGGCUCAGGUAGGGUCGAUUUGGGUAUUUUCUAUGCUGUGCUUGCUCCCAUUUGUAGUGGUCCUCCUGACAAGCGUAAACGGGUUGUAUUUGAUGCACUUUUAUGGCGACCAGUGAAUGAAGGUAGUGCUCAGAUUAAGAAAGCUGAUGCUAUGAGAUAUAUCAAGUUGUUGAGGGCCAUCUAUAUACCAUCCCAUGGGGUCAGUGAAAUGCUGGAAAUCCAUGGAGAAGCAGAUGUUUCAAUGAUCUCUUUUCCUGAGUUCCUUCAGAUGUUUGAUGAUCCAGAAUGGGGUUUUGGAAUCAUGGCCACUCUGGUGAAGCUUGAAAAUGGUGACAGGACCCGCCAUGGUCACCAUACAUGCACUGUUUGCCGAUACCCCAUUAUUGGCUCCCGCUUCAAGGAAAUGAAAUUGCGUUUCAACCUCUGUAAUGAAUGCUACAGUGAAGGAAAGGUUCCAUCAUCCUUAAAGCAGGAAGAAUACAGAUUUAAAGAGUAUGGAAGUGAGUCUGAAGCCACAAGAGAUAAGUGCUUGUUCUUUAGUUUGCAUUCCAAAAGCUCCUCCAGAAAUGAUUCAUAGCUAGUCUGUAUGAAGUGAUUGAAAACUUUGUGAUAUCCCACAAAACUGCUGUAAUUGUUCAGUGUGAAAUAUAGGUUAUAGAUGUGUUUUAUCAUCAGCUUGUGCCCAUGUAUAAUAAAUAUCCUUUGAAGCAGCAGCUCAGAAUUCUCUCUGAAGUAAUUAUUUAUUUUGUCCUUUUUUC